CAGUAGGACAGAAGGGAGACCGGUUAUAUAAUGGAGCACAUUCAGGUGAUAUUUUUCAUUGUGAUUUUAUGUCCAAGUAUGUUUCAUGGGAAUACUAAUAGCGGACGCACUUUAAUACAAAAUGUUACAUCUGUUUUAAACACCGCAAAAACUUUAGAUGAUAUUAACGGUUCGUUUGUGGAUAAAAUAAAAAGUGUCGAUGCAAUGGCCGAAACAUUCACAGAAAUGAUCGCACCUGCUUUAAACAAUCUCAAAGAGGAAAAAACGGAUGAUUUUUUAUUGACGAACACUAAAUUACUGAAGCGGCUCUUAAUCGAGGUAGAUCGUCGAUUUAAGGAGUUGUCUUUUGACUUCCAAGACAUGAUGCAGAAGUUGGAGGAACAACGUAUUCAGACACAGCUAGGAAUCACGGAACAAAAAAUACGUGUAGCCGCUCAGGAACUGGAACUGUUGCACAGCGUACCCACAGAAGCUUUCUCUGAGCAAGUGCAACUGUUUAUCCUCAAUUAUGAAUCUGAUUUUCAGAACAGUGCGAAAAAGUUGUUGUAUUCCUUAAGAGAAGACAAUAAUAUGUUCCACAGAAGCAUUUUCGAUAUCGCUAUUCCUCUAACACUGUACAAUAGAGAAACGAUGCAGCUCUUUAUGAUGAAUAUACUCAAGUUAUUACUUCAAGGGGUCAAUGUAGAAAUGUCGUAUCUGAUUGUAAAAAACUACACAGAGAGUUAUAAAUUUAUGAAACGCGAUUGGGGCAAGAAAAUCAAACAGGUUACAAAACACAUGACGAAAACUGACCAGUUCGUAAGAUCAAAGUGGCGGAAACAAGCAGAAAUCGAUGUUACACAAAUGGCUGAAACUAAGCAUUAUUUAGAUCAUUAUUCCUUUGCCCAUGUGGUGUAUAAUCAUUUACAAAAUAAGUAUCCUUGGCGGCAUUGGUUCACUGUUGUGUAUGACCCAAUUGACGGCUCAGAGAAUCAUUGGAUGAGCACAUGCGGGGGAUUUACCAAAUUCCGAUUUCACGGCAGGAACAUCGUAGUGGCCAGCGUAGAGGACAACAAACCUUACAUUGACGAGAAAGAAAGUGUAGACAUUUUAAUGAAUCUGCCCGGAAGUGUCUCCGCUGAAGGAUUUUAUUACUCGUUUCCGGACAAUAUUACAGGAUCGUGUGACUGGUAUGCCUCAUCCGGGUGUUUAAAAUUCGGUUACGCUGGAUUCCAUGUGGGGUAUGAUAAACGGACCGUUUUUGUGUCUAGAAAUGAUUCCAACAUGACGCUCCAUCUGUUCGGAUAAAUGCGCAUUUACCGUGCUUGUGGGUCGUGUACAGGCCUGAAAUGAAAGUAAAACAAUGGUAUGCUUUAGAAGAUAUUAAAUUAACUUGUCUUCUCUCGGUUUUGCAUGAUCGCAUGAAUACUGCAUGAAAUUGCAAGCUGACAAUCUUAGAGGUUCAUUAUCUUGACAAAACCAUAUCAAAAACAAAAUUUUAAAAUUCGAGCUGUUACAAUUUCCACGGAUAUUAUGAAAUAGUUUAUGUUCUUCACAUGUUCUUCACAUCUCGGCCGUUACAAAGUGAACAAUGUAUAAAUACACGCUGUAGAAUAUUAAUUAUCAUGUCAACGUGCAGUGUCCGUAAAAUGCAUUAUAUUACUCUGUUUUAUGACACUUAGUAACAAGGAAAUUUGUUAAAAUACAUAAUUUGUCAUUAGAUUGUAGAAAGUUGUGGUUCAUAACAGAACACCUAGGUAAGCUAACCUGUAGUUAAAGGUAUGUUGCUUUAAAAACUACAGUAAUUCUAAAAUUUUAGGUUUAUUGUUUGAAAAUGUUGUAAAGUAAAGCCUCCUGGUUCCUCUCUGAUACAUAAUGCCAUUCACAGACUAUGUUGAAAAUUGUUUAUUGAUCAAAGUUAAUAACCUUAAUCAUAUCAAUUAUCUGCAUGAGAAAGUUGACACUACAUGUAAAACAAUAUGUCGGUAAAAGACAAUUAUGAUCUCUAUUGUUUCAAGUGAUUUUAUUAUGAAACAGAAUCGAAUAUUUAUAUGGGCAUGAUGCUGCAAUUUACAGCUGACUAAAACAACACUUGUUAAAAA